AUGGCGCCCUCCGCAACGCUUCCGGAGCCAGAGCCCGAGUACAUUGUCGUCCACGGCGGGAAGGGGACCAUCAGGCGCGCUAUCCUCCAUGGGGCGAACCAGAAACCCACCUUCUCCACAAUCCCGCAAGUGGACUUCUCCCAGAUGUCCUCCUCAUCUCUCAAGGAGAGGAAGGCCAUAGCCGAGCAAGUAGGAAGUGCGUUUCGAAACAGCGGAUUCUUGUAUGCCGUGAACCAUGGGAUCUCGCGCGAUUUGCAGGACCGAUUAACUCGGGUCAUCCAGGAAUUCUUUGCCUUGGAUGAGGAAGAGAAGAUGAAGAUCCAUGUCAAUAAAUCCGAGACUGUAAAGGGUUACGAAGCCCUUCUUGAGACGAAGUUGGAUGACAAGACGCGUGGGGAUUAUAAAGAGGCUUUUGCAAAGGGCGAUGACCCUUACGAUGAAGAGCAAAACGCGCCCCCGGGUCUCGACAUGUCGCGGUAUCCCAAGAACGGCAACCAAUGGCCGGCGUCCCCGGAAUUCCGAAAGGUCUUCUAUGAAUAUAACGCUGCCGUCCAAGCCUUCAGCAAGAAGCUUCUGCGCAUAGUAGCACUAGCCCUGGAUCUCGACGAAGGCUUCUUCGACCACAUGUCCGACUUCCCCAUGGCCAGUCUCCGCGCCGUGCACUACCCGCCUCAGGAAACCAGCGCUGACGUAGGCAUUGGCGCUCACGCUGAUUUUUCAUGGUUCACGCUGGUCAACCAGCUCACCGACACGCCUGGGCUGGAGGUCCUGAACCACAAUGGGCACUGGGUGGCGGCGCCGCCAAUCCCGAACACGCUCGUGGUAAACGUCGGGGAUUUCUUGGAGAUGGCCAGUAAUGGUGUGUUUGUGUCAACGAUCCAUCGCGUAAUUAACAAGACGGGUAAGGAGAGGUUAUCGAUCCCCUAUUUCUUCAGCCCUAGUGCGGAUGUCAUGAUUGAGACGUUUCCCACGUGUAUCACUGAGGAGAAGAAGGCCAUGGUGCCGAUCAGGGCGGGUGACUGGCAGAGGGAAAGGCUGUUGAGAGCUAGAUAUAAGCACCCUAGCACCAUUGCUGCAAGGGCGAGAGGUGAGAUUUAA